AUGAAAAUAUUCAAUUAUUUCCUUCGCACUGGCGCUCCGUUACUCUUAAAUCGAUUUUCGACUAGAUCGAUAAACAUGACACCACCACCACCAUCGACACCAAGUGUUGAACGCUCGAAAAUAGAAAAUGAUUUUCGUGCUGCUUUAUCGAAUCGUAUUCUCAUCAUGGAUGGAGCGAUGGGUACCAUGAUCCAACGAUAUAAAUUAGAAGAAGAUGAUUUUCGUUCGAAGGAAUACGACCUGGUUGCGCAUAAGUCACUACUUAAAGGCAAUAAUGAUUUGUUAUCCAUCACCCGUCCUGAUGUUAUCCGAGAAAUACAUGAAAAGUAUCUGGAGGCUGGUGCGGACAUUAUUGAAACGAAUACAUUCAAUGCUCAAUUUAUAUCUCAAGCUGAUUAUGCAUUGGAGCAUCUAUCGUAUGAAUUAAAUGUUCGAUCAGCACGGAUAGCAAAACAGGCAGCUGAUGAAUAUACGAAAAAAACUGGUGUACAACGAUAUGUUGCAGGUGCAAUAGGCCCAUUGAAUAAAACACUGUCAAUAUCACCAUCCGUUGAUAAACCUGAUUACCGAAACCUCACGUUUGAUACGGCUGUCGAAGCUUACACAGAGCAAGCACGUGGUUUAAUCGAUGGUAAUGUCGAUUUCAUGUUGAUUGAAACAAUCUUCGAUACUGCGAAUGCCAAAGCGGCUAUCUUUGCUCUGAAAACUCUGUUUGAGGAAAAUCCCGAAUUGACAAGACCUAUUCUCAUUUCGGGAACAAUUGUCGAUCUAAGCGGUCGAACAUUGUCGGGUCAAACUGUCGAGGCCUUUGUAGUUAGUGUUUCGCAUGCAGAUCCCGUUUGUCUCGGAUUGAAUUGUGCAUUAGGUGCAAAGGAAAUGCGACGAUUUUUAGAGGAAGUUUCUAAGAAUACAUGUGCAUUUACUCUUUGCUAUCCGAAUGCUGGUUUACCCAAUACAUUUGGUGAAUAUGACGAGACGCCUGAGUCUAUGGCUAGCCAAAUAGGUGAGUGGGCACGUGAUGGAUUGUUGAAUAUUGUUGGUGGUUGCUGCGGCUCGACGCCUGACCACAUUAAGGCCAUUGCAGAAACUGUCAAACGAUAUCCUCCGCGAGUACCACCGAAAGAUCUUCAUGCAGAAGAUAUGCUUCUUUCAGGUCUUGAACCAUUUGUCAUCUCUCGUUAUACGAAUUUCGUCAAUAUUGGCGAACGAUGUAAUGUUGCUGGUAGUCGUCAGUUUCUUCGUCUGUUGAAAGAGAAUAAGUUCGAUACAGCACUUCAAGUAGCAAAAGUUCAGGUCGAAUCUGGUGCCCAGAUUCUUGAUUUAAACAUGGACGAAGGAAUGAUUGAUGGGCAAGCGAUCAUGGGCAAAUUUAUCAAUCUAUUAGCAUCAGAGCCCGACAUCGCACGAGUGCCACUUUGUAUCGAUUCAUCAAAUUUUGCUGUAAUAGAAGCUGGCUUGAAAUGCACGCAGGGCAAAUGUAUUGUGAAUUCUAUCUCGUUGAAAGAAGGUGAACGAGACUUUCUCGAGAAAGCAAGAAAAUGCAAGAAAUAUGGAGCUGCUGUAGUGGUCAUGGCAUUCGAUGAAGAAGGACAGGCAACUGAUAUUGAACGACGAUGCGCAAUUUGUAAGCGAAGUUACGAUUUAUUAGUCAAUGUAGUGAAAUUCAAUCCGAAUGACAUUAUAUUUGAUUCGAAUAUUCUGACAAUCGCUACAGGAAUGGAAGAACAUAAUGAUUAUGCAAAAAAUUUCAUUGAAUCAAUCAAACAAAUCAAAGCAUCUUGUCCUGGUUGCAAAACAUCAGGUGGCAUAUCGAAUAUUUCAUUUUCAUUUCGUGGUCAAGACCGUAUUCGUGAGGCGAUGCACUCCGUAUUUUUAUUCCAUGCCAUCAAAGCCGGUCUUGACAUGGGUAUUGUAAACGCUGGUCAAAUUCCUCUCUACAAUGAUGUUGAUCCACGUCUUCGUGAACUUUGUGAAGCUUGUAUAUUCAACACGAGAUCGACGGCAACGGAAGAGUUGCUUGAGUAUGCUCAACAACUGAAACUGUCAGCCGUUGACGGUGAUACAAAAGGUGCUCAACAAGAAGAAACAUGGCGAGUAAACACAACGGCUGAGGCACGUCUUCAGUAUUCCUUAGUCAAAGGAAUUGAUAAAUAUAUCAUCGAAGACAUGGAAGAAGCACGUCAGAAAUAUGCACGUCCAUUGCAUGUUAUCGAAGGACCACUGAUGAAUGGUAUGAGUGAAGUCGGAGAAUUGUUCGGUGCAGGAAAAAUGUUCUUACCGCAAGUCAUUAAAUCAGCACGAGUUAUGAAAAAAGCUGUUAAUUAUCUCAUUCCAUUUAUGGAAGAAGAAAAGCAGAAAAAUUUACAAUCAUUAAAAGAACAAGGUAAUACAAUAACAACUGGAUUGGAAUCGCAAGCGACCAUUGUCAUGGCUACUGUUAAAGGUGAUGUCCAUGAUAUUGGAAAGAACAUUGUUGGUGUUGUGCUUGGCUGUAAUAAUUACAGAGUUAUCGAUUUAGGUGUGAUGACACCAUGUGAUAAAAUACUCAAAGUUGCUAAAGAAGAAAAAGCAGAUUUUAUUGGAUUAUCCGGUUUGAUCACACCAUCGUUGGAUGAAAUGAUCGCUGUUGCCAAAGAAAUGCAGCGACUAAAUUUCAAUAUUCCCUUGUUAAUCGGUGGUGCGACAACAUCAAAACAACAUACUGCAGUUAAAAUUUCGCCUCGUUAUCGUAAUGCUCCAGUUAUCCAUGUCUUAGAUGCAUCGAAAAGUGUUGUCGUUUGUGGAAAUCUUCUCAGUCAAGACAAACGUGAAGAUUACUUGGAAGAUAUCAACGAAGAUUACAAUGACAUUCGCGAUGAGUAUUACGCCAAUCUGAAACAAAUUCGUUGCCUAUCAAUCAACGAUGCGCGAAAGAAACGAUGGAUGAGUGAGAAAGAAAAUGCUGAUAUAACCAAGCCAACCUUUCUCGGUACGGAAAUCUUUGAUAAUAUCGAUGCCGAGAAACUAGUUGACUAUAUCGAUUGGAAACCAUUUUUUGACGCCAUGCAGAUCCGUGGCAAAUAUCCAAAUCGUGGGUAUCCCAAACUAUUCGAUUGUCAGGAAGUCGGUGCACAAGCACGUGUUGUCUUUGCCGAUGCACAAAAAAUUCUCUCGGAUAUCAUUGCACGAAAGUUAUUCUCCAUUCGCGCAGUUGUCGGAUUCUAUCCGUGCAAAGCUGCAGGUGAUGACAUUCUUAUAUUCGAUCCAAAAGAUUCUUCAAAACAAAUCUCUACGUUGUAUGGUCUACGACAACAGACCGAACGUGAUUCAAAUGUUUACAUGUGUCUAUCGGAUUUCAUCUCAUCGACAACAAUGGAUUAUAUAGGAGUUUUCGCAUUAGCAGUUUUCAAUGUUGAACAAGAAGCACAACGAUUAGCACAAAAAGAAUCGGAUGAUUAUUCAUCGAUUAUAUUGAAACUAUUGGGCGAUCGAUUAGCUGAAGCUUGUGCUGAAUAUUUACAUGAACGUGUUCGCCGAGAACUUUGGGCUUAUGCGCCAAAUGAAAAUCUAUCGACUAAAGAUCUGCUCUCUGUGAAAUAUCGUGGUAUUCGACCAGCAGCUGGUUAUCCCACACAGCCAGACCAUACAGAAAAGAGAACCAUAUGGAAAUUACUAAACGCUGCCGAAGCGGUUGGUAUUGAGCUUACCGAAUCACUUGCUAUGCAGCCACCAUCCGCUGUCUCGGGACUCUACAUGGCUCAUCCUGAAUCGAAUUACUUCGCCGUGGGCAAAAUCAACGAAGAUCAAGUUCGUGAUUAUGCUGAUCGAAAAGGAGUAUCAGUGAAAGAAAUAGAAAAAUGGUUAUCACCAAUCUUGGCAUAUGAUGUUGAUCCUCAGUAA